UAAACGUCAGCCAUAUCAUCAACAACUUUCUGUAAAAAAAGUAAACGGAAUUUAGUUUAUGUCGAUGAUAUUAUGCAUCAGAUCGGCACAGUAAAACUUCACAGGACAUGUCUGCUAUCAGUUCUAAUCCUGUGAAAGACUCAAACAAACAAAGCUUCUGGAAGAAAGAAUCAAAUGUUCCAGGAAGCAUAAAACCUGUGUAUGGAGCCCAACAUCCACCUCUUCAUCAGUCAAUACCAAAAAAGGAAGAGAAAAUGAGAAGUGGCAAAAAGGAUGCAUUUCAUGACUUUGAGAAUAAAACAUCAGAUGCUUGGGAUGAUGGAGAUGAUGACUUACUUUUGAUGUCAAACAUCCCUAUGUCAUUACGGGAUGUUCAGUCAACAGCUAGAGCAGUAAUAGACAAUCAUAGUCGUCAACAAAAGGCCAAAUGUGAAACACAGAGAACAAAUGCAUUAAAAAGUCAUGUUACAGCUGUUCCUUCUGCUUUAUCAGGACACGCAGGUCCUGGUGUUGGUGUCCGUCUGAAUUAUGGAUGGCAGCCACCCAAGUCUACACCUAUCAAAUUCUCUAAACCAACAAUUCCUGACAGAGAGGCAGCAAAGUUGGAAAAGUUUAAUUCAGUUUUGGCUGGACCAAAUACUGAUUUAGAUGAAUUAAGAAAGUUAAGUUGGUCUGGGAUACCAAAACCUGUUCGUCCCACUUCAUGGAAGAUAUUAUCAGGUUAUCUCCCUUGCAGUGUAGACAGAAGAGCCCCAACAUUAGAGAGGAAACGAAAUGAAUACUUUGGUUUUAUAGACCAGUAUUUUGAAACCAGAUUUCAAGAAAUGCAUGAAUCAACAUUUAGACAGAUAUUAAAAGAUAUACCAAGAAUGACCUCGCUAGCACAUUUACUGCAGCAAAAGGUUGUUCAAGAAAUUUUUGAAAGAAUACUGUAUAUAUGGGCUAUACGACAUCCUGCCAGUGGUUAUGUUCAGGGAAUCAAUGAUUUAGUUACUCCAUUCUUUGUUGUAUUUUUGUUAGAAUAUAUAGAUAAUGAUUUAGAAUCUGAGAACUGUGAUCUGACUGAGUUACCACAAGAUACUCUUAACAUAAUAGAAGCUGAUAGCUACUGGUGUAUGUCAAAGUUGUUAGAUGGUAUACAAGAUAAUUAUACAUUUGCUCAGCCUGGUAUACAGAUGAAAGUUAAUGCUCUUAAGGGUCUCAUUAAACGAAUUAAUGUCCCUUUAUAUGACCAUUUAGAAGAACAAAAUGUCGAAUUUUUACAGUUUUCCUUCCGAUGGAUGAAUAACUUAUUAAUGAGGGAAAUUCCCUUACGAUGUACAGUCAGACUCUGGGAUACUUAUCAGUCUGAACAGAAUGGGUUUGCUGAUUUUCAUUUAUAUGUUUGUGCUGCAUUCUUAGACAGAUUUUCAGGUGAUUGCUUGAGAGAAAAAGACUUUCAGGGAAUAUUAAUGUUUCUACAGAACUUACCUACACAUCAUUGGCAUGACGAAGAAAUAGGAGAACUUUUAGCAGAAGCAUUCAAACUGAAAUUUAUGUUUGCUGAUGCCCCUAAUCAUCUCAACAAAAAGUCAUAGCAUUAAUUAAUUUAUAGGUUAUCUUUUUAAAAAGUGCUAAAAAUAGAAUUACUAUAGAUGGAUUGAAAUGAGCAGGUCUUUGAUUGUGUUACUUGAUUCUCAAUUAUAAUAACUGUCAUUUCAAUAUACUAAUGUUUAUUUUUAUGCUGAGCUUUGUUUUCUCUUUUAAUAAUCAUUAAUUCUGCAGUGUUUAAAUUUGGUUUAUGCCUCCUCAUUAUGCCAACAUUUCAAGUCUUUAUUUAAUUUAACGUUAAUAGAAUGCAUGAAUUGGCAAUCAACAUAUCUGUGGAUGGAGCUAGGUUAAGUAGGGGUUAGAAAAAUAUUUUUGACAUCUAAAAUAUUUGUUUAGUCCAAAAGUAGUAUAAAGGGAAAGGAGAUUUAUUGUUUUGCUGCUCUGAAGAUAUUCAUUUAAGGAUCACUGUUCGUUUUUCUUAUGUUUUAUUUCUCCUAUAUCAUUUGAUUGAAACAAUGAACCUACACACAAUCUUCCACAGGAACUGAAGCUGUGCAUCUGUUGUUUGAAUUUUUAAUGACAUAGAUUUCUUGUUGUUUUUUUUAUAACAUAACAUUGCCAUAUCUAAAUAUUGGCACUAAACAUUCCUUAUAUUGUGAAGUUGAAAAUUUUUAUGAGAUAAAUUUCUUCUCUUUUUUUUUUGCAAUUAAGAUAAAAUAUUAAAAAUUAUCUCAUAAGCUUCUCAUAUCCUCAUUUUUGUGGACAUUAUCGUCUUUCUUUUUGUGUGUUAUUGAAAUGUUGAUUUUCUGUUAAUGACUAUUUGACAAAAAUGUUUAUACAAAGAUACAAAUAAUCUUUUCUAUUUUUCAUACAUAGGCAUAUUUUUCUUCAACUAAUAUUAAUGCGCUAUUUGUUCCUUUGCUUAGUUUUAGAUUUUCCCUAAAUCAGUGGUUUUAUGAAUUCAUGAAUAAUUCUUAACACCAAUCUCCAGUUUAUCAGUAGUUUUUUUUAGCGUUAUAAUAUAUAGUAAAUAAUUUCUCUAAAAUAAGAUAAAAAUAAAAAGGGUGCUGUAUGUACCAUGUGAUCUUAAAAAUACCCAGGAUGGAAGUACACAGUUUAUUAUAAGGCUUUGUUAAGUUUGGGAUUUUAUUUGCCAGUUAUUUGCUUAACAUUAGUUUCUGACUUGUGAUAUUAUAGAAGUGUUCAACAUUCUGAGUAUUUUCAAAUAUUGUCAUAAAUUUCAAAAUAGCACAGAUACCUUAGUUUGUUUUUAUUAUUAGUUUGAUUAUAAAUUUGACUUGAUUUUUUUUUUUUAAAUCUUUUCCAAUUUUAACUUGAUUCUUAAGAAGUUUAACAUUUUGAUGAUUUUUGCAACUUUAAAGUUUUAUUGAAAUAAACUUUCUUUAAGUUUCAUUUAUUCAAUACUAAUGUUACAUUACAAAAAAAUUUGAACAUUUCCCCAUGUAGAUAAAAAGAAAUAUUGUCCUAUUCAGUAUUUUUUAUUUUGACUGUCAACAGAGGUGAACACUUGUGUUAGUUGGCAUUGUCUGGAUCUAUUAGCUGAUAACAUAUUCAUUUCUAUUAUGACUGAACUUAAUGAAUAAUACAUGGAGAUGAGAAAAUUGUCUUCAAAUUAUCUAAGAAUGCUGGAGGGAGGGAUGUAGUGAAAUUAUCGGGGGAAACAAUGUGUAUGAAUCUUUUUCUGACAGAUGAUUGGACAUAUAUGUAAUGAAUGAAGUUGUAAAUGUUUUGUCUGUGAUAAAGUAAACGAUUAAGAGUGAAAGUUUUUCAUUAUAGUGUGAUAUUCAUAUGGCAUUAUAAAUGUAACGGUUGUACAAGUUGCAUAGUAUAAGUUUAACUAUGAAUUAUGAUGCAAGGUAACUUAAGAAAUUAUUUUAUGUCUGUAUGUAAUGUAUAUCAAUGUUGAAUUGAAAUACUCAUAACAUAAAUGAAGAAUGAAAUAAGAUUUUGUAUGAGAGGGAAAACUGAACUAAUGUCACAUUAAUAAUACUGCCAAAACGGCAUAGUAACUUCUGCUUCAACAGAAAAUAACAUAUAAUCAAAGAAAUAACUUAAAUUACAGUUUUUCAUAAGUCAGACCCUGUGUUUUAUUGCAAACCAAAUAGUUCUAUGUAAAUUGCCUAUCUUUUGGGUGUAGAUGUUUCUUGGGGUGGUUUUGUAAAAAAGUUUUCACUAAAAAAAUUUCAAAUUUGAAAAAGUGUGCAGACAUUUUUAGACCUAACUCCGGGUAAAUUUCUAUUUUUACAUGCAAAGAUUUCUUUGAAAUUUAACAGGGGUAGUUUGAUAUAGAUUAAUUUGUACUGUAAACUGCAUUUUAAAGAUUAUUUGAUAUGACAUCAUAAUGUCUAAAAAUUACUUCAUUUCACACUCACUUUAAAAAUAUGUCUGUCUUAAUUCUGUAUAUAAAAUUUUCUAUAUAAAGUACUUAUGAAUUUAGAAAGGUGUUGUCAAUUAUCAGAUUACCGGUAAAUUCCUAUGGAAAAGAUCAUUAUCUUUCUAAUGGACAGUUGUUAAGGCUUAUUAAGUCAACUCUUAAUUUUAUAAGAGCAAUCAUAUAUCUUUUUAAUUUAUAUCUGAAUGAAGAGAAGAUUUAGAGAUUAUUUUAGACCUUGUAAAUAAGAAUAUUUGUUAUGAAUGAUACUGUAAAUAGAAUGUGAAAGUUAUUGUUUGGGAUAAAUAUAUUUUAUUUGUAACAUAUAUGCUACAUUUUACAUUCAGAAAUCUAGAGAAAAAUAAAUUUAUAUUGAAAUAUG